AUGAAUCCACACACGUUUCUUCUAGAGUUCAUUGUUAUCUUUCUCCAAAUGGACGAGUUAGUUCACCGCAUUAAAUCUACCUUGGGCUUUGGUCAAGACUACAGUAUGUUCUCUAGAUGUAACAAAAUGAUGCUACCACUUACUGGUAUCUUUAUAACGUUUGCUCUUGCGACAAUAUUCAUCAGCUACACUUACCAGGGUGUUGAUCUUUAUCUUCCCAGCUCUUUUUCUCCCUUGACACGCGCCUUGGGAUCUUUGAAAGGGAUUUCGUAUACCAAAAACAGGCCAGGCUCAGACCGCCCCACUUUGGGGAUCGCAGGCACCAAACCAUCGGUUUUCAAACCUGUUUUCAAGCCCGUCUGGUCAACCUUUGGUCUGGAUGACCAGCACGAUGAUAACCAUCCAAAGCCUACUCUGGUCAAAAGCAGGGUUCCCGAAGCCCCAACCAGAACAUUCACAGUCCUGAUUUAUGUGUCGAAUACCAGCCCAGGCCAGCAGACUGGUUUAGCAAGUCAUAUAAGAUACAAUACUACUCGGACGAUUACUGCCUACCGAUUCCCACCCACCGAAACACCUCUUGGUGCAUCCAACGCCACCGACAGAAAUAAUGACAGGGAUAACAAGAAUAAGAAUAGAUAUACCUAUACUAUUACAAAGUACAGAAGAAAGCAUGUAACCAGAACAGUCACCAGUCACGGUCCGAUUAAAGUAGACCAAAUGGCUACAAGUGCAGACGAAAGUGCAAGGAUAAAACCGACGCCUUUUGAUACAAACAAAGAAGCCGGCUUUCAAGAGAUUAUCGACCAAUCAGAUCAGGCAGACCAAUCAGAGCUAUCUCCAGCUCAAAAGGCCAACUUGAAAAAUUACAUAUGGCUUACUAUCCCGUUCACUGGUCUUCGGCUGGCCUUCUACAUCGUUGUGCCGCCUAGGAUGUGUAUAAGUCUAAAGUAUGAAUUUCUCUGCUGGGAAACGACUCAAGAAGAGAUUGAUUUGAUGCUAGGCCAAAUCUCUGUGGUUGCCGUGCCUGGCUUGUUAUUUUUUGCGGGUUGUCUUUGUGCGGCUGUAAUGGAUAGCCUGAAAAUCGUUGUUGGUAGUCUAACUCGGUUAAAAAGACGAUAUUUCUGUUUCUAUUGA